AUGCUCCGACCUCGCACAUCCCCUCCCACUGCUCAAAGCCUGCUACCACUGCACAACGACAACCAUGUGAAUGGACUGGACUCUACAGCCACGUUGAAUUGCAAGCGCAAGCUUUGUCCUAGCUCACCGCAGGCCAGAAGAAUCAAAAACUAUUACAUGCCGGGCGGUGCUUUGGACUCACAAACAACAGAGACUCAGUGGUAUGCUGGUAUCUUUUGUUUGAACUCAGCGUUAGCCGACGGAGAAUUGGGUGACAGACGUCUGGAUGCUGGUGAGGGUCAAGAGAGGCCUCAAACAAUGCCCUAUAUAGCAGAAGGAUUGCCAGGCCUGAUUUAUCUGCCCGGCUCUCCUGAACACGAAGCACCAACAAUACAAAGCCCAACUCUAUUCCCACAAACUCCAACUCCAUGCAAACCAGUCAUCCCAGCAGUUUGCGCAUGUGGGGACAAGUGCUAUGCAUCCUCGCCAAUGAUGGUCGACCAGGCUAUACAAACAACCCCAUACCUGGGAUGCUCGCGUGAACUCCUUAUGCGGCGCAUUCACGAGCUUGAAGCAAGGCCGCACUUCAAUGCCGACGGCCAAGAGUUUGUUCCAGACUCUGAGGGCGAGUCCAACGAAGAGCUGCGCAUCCCAGCUCCCUAA